GCCGGGAAGCGCCUGCGGGCAGAGGGCAGCGGCGCGGGGCCCAGGCGGUAGACGUGCGGGUCGUGUUCGUGGGCGCGUCCCGACGGCCCACAGUGCUGUUCCCGCCGCUUUGCAGCUGCUGCCCGCGGAUUGCAGCCGCCUGGAAGGUUCUGCUUGGAGGACCAAGAGGUGCUUAAAGUGUUCAUUUGUUUCCGCUGCAUCAGAGAUGUGGUAGACAGGUGAAAACAAUGGAGGAUGACUGUGGUGCUUCCUCCACGUCCCCAUUUCUCACUGACAGCUUGGAGCUGGCGAUGGAAGUGGAGCAUGAGAGCUCAAGGCCGGCUUUCUUUUCUUGUGCCUUUGACAGCCAAAAUGGAGGGAGAAGGUUCUCUGCAGAGUCUUAUUUAGCAAGUGGGUCUCUUAAGAGGGUUUUGCUGAGACUAGAUCCUUCUCCAAAUGACUAUGAAGAAGAUACAGUGGAAUUGUUUGGCUUUCAGUGGGUUACUGAAAUGGCAUUAGUUGAAUCCUGUGGAUUUCUCUUUGGAUUACUUAGGGAACAGAUAUACAGACUGGAAAACCUAGUACAAAUGAGUUCAUCUGAUUUUGGUCAAGCUGCGCACUUGCACUCUGAAGCAGAGAGGAUCAGGCAUCAGUGCCUUAAAUUUUUGCAUUAUGUGAAAGUUUUCAUCUUCAGGUAUCUGGAACCCCCUGAGGUGGAAAAUGAUAGAGUGCUGCAUCCUUAUGAAGAACUAGAAGCUCAGUUACCAUCAGUGUUGGUGGAAGAGCUUCAUGCUUUGACUGUGCAUGUUGGUCACCUUUGUGAGCUUCCUAGUAAUGUCCUGGCAGCAUUUACUAUUCCAAAUCAGGCAAAGGUCUUUCCUCCAUCAUGGCACUUACUACAUCUCCAUUUGGAUAUUAACUGGCUGGUAUUAGAAGUUCUUCAUGUACUAGGUGAAAAACUGAAGAGACAAGUUGUAUAUGCUAACCAUUUCAUUAAUCUAACUGGAGAGAAUCUAACCAAUAUCAGUUUAUUUGAAAAACACUCUGGAAAUCUCGUAUCUGAUUUAAUAAGGUUGGCCAUCAACAAAUACACAAAGGUGCGACCUUCUGAGGCUCUUGCCAGUAGCCACUAUUCCUGUACCUGCAUUAAGGAGCUAUGGAUUCUGCUUAUUCAAUUGCUGGACCACAGAAAUAAAGGGUCUAAUACAGAGUGUUUCUGGAGCUUGGUGAACACAACCUUAAGGAAUAUCUUUGAACGGCCAAGUACUUCUGAAAGUGUGUCUGGGUUUGACACAGUUCAGUGUAAAGACCCACUGAGUUUUAGCUGGUGGAUGAUGAAUCAUCUGGCACCACUCUACCAGUUUGACCGUAAUGGCAAUCUAGAUGAAAAGAAACAGAAGGAAUCCAAUUGGAAAUUUGUGGAGGAGCUCCUUAAAAAAUCCACUGAUGCUCAAGCUGGUGUGUUGGAGGAACACUUACGAAUGCACCUUCAGUGCUGUUUGACUUUGUGUAGUUUCUGGGAUUUGAACCUAUCUGUUGUUACCAUACUCUGGGAUUAUUACAGCAAGAAUCUGAACAGCUGCUUUACUGUUCCUUGGCUUGGUCUGAAGGAUCUGGCAAAUAUUAGUAAGACUUCUUUGUCAAUGCUUGAGUUGGUGAAACGCUGCUGCUGUGAACAGCAGGUCCCUUCUCUGUACAACUCCAGCAACAGUUACUUCAUUUUCCUCAGCAUCUUGGCACGGAUUAUGAAAGAAGAAAACAAUGGUGUGCAUCCUUGGAAACAAAUUAAAGGACGAAUUUAUUCCAAGUUCCAUCGGAAAAGAAUGCAGGAGCUGACAGAGGUGGGGCUGCAGAACUUCUUUAGCCUGUUCCUCGUGCUGGCAGUUCUUGUGGAGACAGAAGAUAUCGUGAGUCGGGUGCUGGAUCUUUUGGAUUUCCUGGCUCCAUCCUCCAUCACCACGGCUCGGAGGGCUCUCAUCUGGAGAGGUCACUUUGCUUUCCUUUUAAUUUAUGUUGAGAAGAACAUGGACAUCAGUGCCCUGGCCGAGAAAGUCUCAAAUGCUUUCCGUGAGAAGGCAAAGGAGUUUUUAGUGACCAAAAAUGACCACACACAGAGACAAAAUCUCUGGACUCUGCUGUCAACCUACAUUGAUGGGGUGCAGGAAGUGUUUGAGACCAGCUGCUACUUGAGCCUUUCUGAGGAGAAGUUGCUGAAUGAUGGCUUUACUAUGCUGCUGCCUGCAUGUCGAGGAGCUGAGCUGAGCAUGGUGCUGAAUUUUCUUCAGGUUGUUCUAGCCAGACUUCGGAGCGUGCAUGAACGUGUAAGCCAGGGACCUCAGCUGGGAAACACAGCCCCAGAUGCACAGCUUCCAUUAGUGGCUAAAGAGCACCACCUUGCUGUCGCCAGUGCUCUCUGGAGAAAUUUCUUUCCCUACUUGAAGAGCCAGCGAAUGUCUCAGACGCCGCCUUCCCCACAGCUUGCUGAUACAGCUGCAGGUUUUACUCUCUUGGCUUUGGAUAUACCCAGCAAAGCCCUGUCAGAUCUGCAGCCACAGCCUGUUCUGUCGAUGAUGCGGCUCUUUGGGUGGGAUGACAUGGUGUGGCCUCAGCUGGUGUCAAGAUACCUAAGUCAUCUAAUUGAAAACAGUUCACUGUGUGAGGCUUUUUCUAGCAUGGGCUAUACGUCCUAUGAAGCUUUGACAGUGCGUUCGUGGUUUCGCUGCGUUUUGCAAAUGUUCCUCGAUCAACCAAGUGGCGCCUGGGCCAAGACAGAUGCUGAGAGAACAGUUGGAAAAGCCUACAUGGAGCAGCUGACAGAAAUGACAAGACUGAUUUUUAAACUCUCAGAAGUAGAAAACAUUCUUUUAAAGGCUAAUGUUGGACAGUCAGUUUUCAAGCAAGACCCAAAAAAUGCUCUUGUCCAGUUCAUUAAGGCUGUUGGUAGAACUUACAGUGGUCUUCAGACUCUCCCUGAGAAAUCUGCCAUGGUAGCAAAGACUCUGGAGUAUUUGGGUGAUGUGUUAAAGUACGUAAAACCCUAUCUGAAGGCAAAAGGACCUCCAGAAGGUCUGCAGCUUACAUACUGGAUCAUAGGAUGUCUGGUAAAGUUCUGUGCACCAAUACUGGCUACUUCCAAGGCACAGCAACUCUUGUUUCGCAUUGUGGAUUGCUUACUGCUGCCACACUCUGUGCUCCAGCAGGACAAGGAGCUACCUGUGGCUUUGCUGUCUGCCAUUCAGGAAAGCCUUCCCCUCUAUCUCCAGGGCCUGUCCUUCAUAUGUUGUCAGUCCCAAACCCAGGGUGCCUAUUUAAACCAACUCCUCGGGAGCAUUAUUCGCCAUUAUUUUGGACGGUUCCUGCCUUCCUCCCCGGCCGUGCCCGGUGCGGGGCAGCAUCCCCUGCUCGCUGCCCUGGGCAGCUCCGGAAAACUACCUGCAGUUCAAAGGCCAUGCUCCACCUCCUCGCUUGGCCUCUGUUCUUGCUUUCAUUCUUGAAGUACUUCAGAGAACCCAGAGCACUGAACUGUGUGACACAGACUUGGUUCUCCCAGCUGUGUUGAAGUGCUUGGUGCUGGUUAAUGAGCUGCAAGUUAAAAAAAUAUCUACAGACAUUGUACAGUACAUGGUAGAAGGCUGCCAAGCAGGGUCAGGAGGAGAACAUGCCACCCAGCUGACUUCUGUAUUUAGGCAGUUCAUCCAGGACUACACUGCUGUCUAUGAUCACCGGGUUCUCAGCAUACUGGAGACAGUGGCAGUCUUGGAUCAGACUUUAGUUACCAGCCUGAUUCCCACAAUCACACAGUCUCUGAAGGAUUCUGAGCACAAACAAGGCCUUGGAAGAAAUGCUGCACAGAGAGAAGCGUAUAAGAGACUCUUAUCUCACCUUGCAGAGGCUGGACAAAAUGAGAUACAAAAACUGGAAAAUGAGACAGCUCAGUAAUGUGCUGGUGAUUAAUCCUUUCUUCUUGGACAUUAUGACAUUGUUGGUACCUAAAACUACAGACUACAACAAGAACUGCAGACUACAACAAGAACUAGACAAGCUCUUUAUCUUUACAAUGGAAAUACAUGUAUCAAUUUUUGUGGUUGUUCCCCAUUUUUCCCCAAUUUAUGUAUUAAUUGAAAAAAAAAAAACCUUUGGUAUUUUAUUAUUGUCAUGCAUUUGAAAAUUGACUCAAUGUCCUGAUGAAUAGCAAUAGAAAGGUUGAAAGCUAAUUUAUUACAGAUUCAGUAUCUGUAAAAACAGAGCCUAUAUAUUGUAACAUAUAAGACAGAAUUUCAAAGAAUUUCACAACUUAGUCCAUUGAAUGAGACCUGUCCCUCUUAAAUAGUGUACUUUUGAAAAUCUUAUUCAGUCUGUUCUUAAGAAAAUCAUAAUUUUGUAAUUUCUAAUUUAUUAUUUUAGUAGAAUGGGAAAAACAUGUGCUCUCUAGUACUCAACUUGUUGAAUGCAGUGCAUUCACCAGGGGUUGUGCCAGUGUGAUAAAGCUUGUGUUAAGAGAGAGUAUUUUUAAUGUGUUUAUGUUGCACAGAAUGUGUAUAGCUGUCUUUAACUUUCACCUGUAUUAAAACAUUUCAGUAUUUCAUAUUCCAU